CCGGCCGGGAAAUCCCCAUUGUCUGCAGGCCCUAUAUAUAUAGGGGCUUAACGGCAGUCGUGUGCCGGCCGCGCAACCUUUCCUGCCCGCACUCGAGGGAACGCGGGGAGGGGGGGAGCGGCGGGGGGCGCGGAGCGAGAGCCGCUCUCCGGCCCCGCAGCCUCGGCCGGACUCCGAAGGUAGAGCCGCGGGGGAGAGGGCUUCCCCCGGGCCGGCCGCUGCGCCGCUCCCCGCCGGUAUCAGGGGGUGCUUGGCUUUACAGGAUGGCCCCGCAGAGCGACCGCUCGCCGGGCGAAGGGCAGCCCUAUUUCGGUGGCGCCGAGGACGGUCCCCCCGCGGCCGGCGGAGGCUCCGCGGGCAGCCGGGGGGCGUCGCCGACCCGCACCGCCCUGGCCCCGCGGGAGGCGGCGGCCCGCAGGAAGGGGAAGGCGCGGCGGGGCCGCGGCAAGGCGCGGAGCGAGGGGCUGCUCAGCAAGCAGAAGAGGAGCCGGCGCAUGAAGGCCAACGACCGGGAGAGGAACCGCAUGCACCACCUCAACUCCGCCCUGGACGCGCUCCGCAGCGUCCUGCCCACCUUCCCCGACGACGCCAAGCUCACCAAGAUCGAGACGCUCCGCUUCGCCCACAACUACAUCUGGGCCCUCACCCAGAGUCUCCGCCUGGCCGAGCAGGGUCUGCCCGAGCCCCCCCCCCCGCCGCCGCCCCCCGCGGCCGCCGCCGCCGCCUCCCCCGGGCCCUGGAACUCUCCCUGCCCCGCCGCCCCGCCGCCCGCCGCCCUCCGCCGCGGCCCCGCCGCCUUCCCCGCCUUCCUCUAAGCCCACCGCCCGGCUGCUUUUCCCCCCGCUUUUGGCCUUCAGAUAGCCGGCAGGGCGGAGGGGGGGGCUCCCCACGCUGCGCGCCGGGCCCCCCGCCCGUCCCGCUUGGCUGAAGCGCAGCGGGAGCGGGCGGACAAACACAAAUCACAGUUUUGUACUCGGAAACGGUAAAUUAUAUUAAUUUGUCGCUAUCGGUAUUUAUUGAUUAUAUUUCGUAACAAAUAUAUAUUUUGU